UCGCAAAACCCUUACAGACACUCGCUUUGAGUCCCUGGGCGAUUCAAAUUUUCAACCAAAAUUUCAACAUCAAUCUAUCAAUCAACGCACGGAGAUCCAAAUCUGUAAGUUCAAUUCCUACUAAUCAUCAGGGUUUCAGAUUCCAUUAAUUUUCAGUAGUUUCUUGAUUUCAUCAGAGCUAGGGUUUUUCCUUCGCUUGUAAACCCUAAUUCUGUAAAAAUGUUCGGAACAAACUUCUCAAUGACUUCAUCACAAACUCAAUCUUCCCCAUUUUCAUCACCUUCUCCGUUUUCAUUCGGAACUGCCGCUGCCUCCUCCUCACCAUUUUCAACUACGCCUUCCACUGGAUUAUCCUUUGGAACUACAACAUUUGGUUCGUCUACUCCUUCAACAAAUCUAUUCUCAGGAGGAGGAGGAGGAUUUCAACAGCCUUCCACAACUUCAAACAAUUUAUUUGGUUCUUCUACUGCUACUACAACCCCUAGCUUUGGGAAUACCACCACUUCUCCUGCACCUGCAUUUGGGUUUCCAACAACAACAACAGCACCUGCAAGCGGUGGUUCUUCGUUGUUUGGUUCCACAGCACCUGCAUUUGGUACAACAGCACCUGCAGGUGGUGGUUCUUCAUUGUUUGGUUCCACAACACCUGCAUUUGGUACAGCAGCACCUGCAGGUGGUGGUUCUUCAGUGUUCGGUUCAACAGCAUCAGCAGGUGGUGGUUCUUCAUUUUUUGGUUCGACAUCUGCAUCACCAGCUGUGUCAAAUGCAGCACCAGCUUUCUCUAUGUCUUCGUUUGGAGCUCCAUCAACAGCGGCCGCUGUGACUAAUGCUGCACCAGCUUUCUCCAUGCCCUCGUUCGGAGCUCCCACUGCUGCUGCUGCUUCAACUACUGUUGCUGCUUCUCCAGGUUUCUCGACUUCAAAUUUGUUUGGAACACCUUCAUCUGUUCCUUCGACGACAGCUUCAGCUUCUACUACUACUACUACUACUACUGCUGCUGCUCCUUUUUCGAGCAUGUUUCCUUCAACUGCAGCUUCUUCUUCUUCACCCUUUAGCGCAUCAGCAUUUUCAUUUGGAACUGGUUCAGCUUUGGCAAAUACCACUGCUAGCUUUACGCAGACGACUGCUCCUGCGCAGGCGGUACCUGCUGCAACCGCAGCCACUUCGUCAACAACCCCGUCAGCUUUUUCCUUCGGAACUCCAACUUCUUCCCCAUUUGGAUUUAACACAGCAUCUGCUGCAACUACUACUGCAGCAUCGACUGGCUCACUCUCUAGCCCUGCACCCACUAAGCCUUCAUUUUCAGGUUUUGGAGCAGCUACUGGGUUUGCAUCAACAACCACCACCACCACGGGUCCAGUCUUGUCAGCAAGUACAGCAUCUGCAACCCUUGCUACUACUGCAAGUUCAGUAUCGACUGGCCUCCUCUCUAGCCCUGCACCUGCAAAGUCAAUGUUCUCGGGCUUUGAAGGGGCUACUGGUCUCACAUCAACAGUCACCACCACAACACCUACUUCCCCUGCUACUGGUCUCUUUGCUUCGCAAGCUGCUACCGCUGCUGCUUCUACACCAUCUAUUUCGACUCCUGCAGUCGCUACUUCUUUGGCAACAAGCACUCCAGCUUCAGAAGCUAAAACAACCACUACAUCUGCUGCCACAACUAGUCCUUUUCCAAGUUUCUCUUUGUCAACUAAAACAUCAGCUCCAACAUCAUCAUCACCAACUCCUGCAUUGUUCGGUAAUCCUGCUUCGGCUUCUGCAAGUGCACCAGCUGACAGUGCAGCAAAAACUAGUUUCACAGCUUCCACAGCUAGUGCAACUCAGCCAUCAAAUUCGCUAGCUGUAGCCACCAGUAGCGGAACAUCAUCAUCAACUCUCACUUCAACUGUAUCCACUGGACCUAAACUACCAUCUCAGAUCACAGGAAAAACUGUUGAAGAGAUAAUUAAAGAGUUGAAUUCUGAGCUCCAGGAGCGGACUGGAAAAUUUAGAAAGCAGGCUCUAGCUAUUGCUGAUUGGGAUAAGAGAGUUCUGCAGAACCGCGACGUUUUACUUAGGCUCGAGACUGAAGUGGCGAAAGUAGUCGAAUCGCAGGUGAACUUGGAGAGACAGCUGGAGCUAGUUGAAACUCAUCAACAAGAGGUUGACAAGGCUUUGCUAAGUGUAGAAGAAGAAGCUGAGCGUAUAUACAAGGAUGAGCGUGCGUUAAUUCUUGAGGAUGAUGCUGCAUCAACAAGAGAUGCCAUGUACGAGCAGGCUGAAUAUGUUGAGAGGGAAAUGGAGCAAAUGACAGAACAUAUAAAAUCAAUUAUUCAGACCUUAAAUGCUAGUCAGGGAGGGGACCUCGAUGCAGCCGAUGGGAUGAAUCCGUUAGAUGUUGUCGUUCGCAUUCUAAACAAUCAGCUCAGUUCACUUAUGUGGAUUGAUGAAAAGGCUGGGGAGUUCUCUUCUCGCAUUCAAAAACUAGCAGACCAGGAAUCUCCUGUAAACCAGAGCCCUGUUGGGUCAAGGUAUUGGAUGGGUUGAUUACUUGAUCCCAUAUCUAGAAGAACACUUUUCACAUCAGCUGCAUUUUGUACUGCUUAGCUGAAUGGGCGAGGGAUAUGUUUUGUAAAUCUUCAUGAAUAGGCAGUUAUUAUAUUUACGGUUUCGCACAAUUUUAUGGUGUGGACUGUGUAAUACCAAAUAGAUCUGUAUUAACUCUUUUUUCCCUAUACAGUUAGUCAAGCUGAUUUUUUUUUUUCAGUUUAUCUUUCAACAUCAUUGUAAAAAACUCAAAAAUACAACUGGAGGAAUCAACACCGCCAGCACUGAUUUAUCUGUUCUGACUUGUCAAGAGACUUGAAUUGGUUUCAUCGAA